AUGGAGAUUCAAAAAAGGAAUUCUUCUUAUUUGAGUGUUGAAAAAAUAAAUGAUUUUAUUGAAAAAAAUUUUGAUUUUAAUGUUUUAAACAGAGUGAUACGUGGUCAUAAAUUUGAAUUGCAAAUAGUACAAUUUUUAAAAAAUAUUGGAAGUGGUAGAACUAUUAGACAAACACCUGAUAGAGAAAUUGAUAUUGAUGGUAUAUUUGAAAAUGUACAGUUUGUAAUGCAAUUAAAAUAUCAUAUAGAUACUAAAAAUCAUCCCGUAACUGUUGAUGAAAUUUACAAAUUGUAUGAUUUAUAUGAUUUAUUGAUUAAAUUAAAUGAUAAAUCCAUUAAGAAUAUUAAUGAUAAUAACAGUAUAACAUUUGAAAAUAUUGAUAUUACUAAUUUUUCUUUAAAUUAUUCUGAUAUUAGAAUUA